AUGGGACCACAGUGGCUCAUCCUCCCUGCUCAAGCAGGGUCAUCCCGGAACACAUGGCACUGGAUUGCAUCCCGAUGGUUCCGGAAUAUCUCCGCUGAGGGACCCUCCACACCCUCUCUGGGCAAUCUGUCCCAUGUGCAGCCGCUGCACACUGAACAGGCCCAGCUGCUCCAUCCCUCCCUCCUACGAGGGACUCUCCACUCUCCCAACCAUCCUCGUUGCCCUCCGCUGGAGCCGAGCUUUGCCCGCCCCUUCCACCCGCGGCGGAGCCGGCUCGGGGUUACAGCGCUGCCCUUUAAACCCCGCGGCUGCCGACACGAACCAGCCGGCCCUGGGGGCGGGUGUCGCUACCGCGGGCCCGCGGCUCUGCAGGGCCGGGCCUGCCUCACCUCGAGGGUGCCGGAGCCGCCGGGCCGGGGCCGGAGGUGGUGCCGGGCCCGGCAGGAGCCGCCGCCGCCUGAUGACGCGGGGCCGCCCCCGGGCGCCCGGCGGGGACAUGGCAGCAGGCGGGCAGCCGGCCCAGAGCGCGGCCGGCGGCGGCCGUCCGCACACGGAGAGGCCGCGGUGACGCCUCGCCAGGCCGAGGCCGCGGGCAUGGACGCGGGGCGCGCUGCCGGCAGGGACAGCGCCGAGGCGGGGGGAGGAGGAGCGGGUGACUUCGUGUCCGCCCUUCCUCCCGAGAUCAGCUCCCGGAUUUUCAGCGGGCUGGAUGUGGAGAGCUUGUGCCACGCGUCCGUGACGUGCAAGGGCUGGCACCGCGCCAUCGAGGGCAACGAGCGGCUGUGGCGGCACCACUGCCUGGCCGUGCGCGCCGUCUGCCAGCGGGAGAUCGACAGCGACCGGGGGAACGGCUACUCCUGGAAGAUUACAUUGUUGAGAAACUACUGGAAAAGCAAAGUGAAGCAAGAAUGGCUUAGUGGGAAAUACAGUAACAUUCCUUCACAAUUCAGCUUGCCAGAGAAAAGUAUGUAUCCAAUGGACGUUGACACCUGGGGAGAAAUCUUGGAAGCAGAACUUGAGAGAUGAGAGACCGGUGCUAAUUCUUGCAACUCAAGCAACUUUUGCCAAUAGCACAUGCACUGUUUGGCAGUUGCAAAACUGAUUUUGAAUGACUUUGGACUGAUAAUGAAUUUAUGAUGGAAGCUUCUCAAAAAAAAACCAACCAUGGGUGUCUUUUUUUUAAUUGCAGUUUACUGUAUUAAAUUUAUGUAAAAUUCUAAAUAUUGCUAAAUAUUCAGUCAUAAUUUAUAUUUAUAAAUUUAAUGUUCUACUGCACUGUCAAAAAUACGCUGAUUGUAAUUUCAGUUUGCACUUCU